AUGGAGCCAUUCAGGGGGACACUGCUGCUGGUGGCCUCCUGUAUGUCGGCCGUCCAUGGGUCUCCAGAGCUGGACAUCGAGGAAGCCACUGUCCACCUCCCCCGGCCCCUGCACAUUGUGGUGGAGGGCAACCUGAUGGUGCUGACAGCGGCCGGCCUGACCCAGAUGCUGAACCAGACCCGCUUCCUCAUGGUGCUUUUCCACAACCCAUCCUCAAAGCAAUCGAGGAACAUGGCUGAGGAGCUGGGCAAAGCCAUGGAGAUCAUGGGCAAAGGCAAGAAUGGGCUCGGCUUUGGCAAAGUGGACAUCACAGUUGAGACAGAUCUUCAGAAGGAGUUUGAGGUUAAGAAGGCCCCCGAUCUGAAGCUGUUUUUUGAGGGCAACAGAUUGGAGCCCAUCAGCUGCACAGGAGUGGUUGAAUCUACUGCCUUGGUCGUUUGGUUGAGAAGACAGAUUAGCCGGAAAGCAUUUUUGUUCAAUAAUACCCAACAGGUGAAAGAUUUUGUGAAAUCCAGGCCCUUGGUCAUCAUUGGCUUCUUUCAGGACUUAGAGGAAGAAGUAGCAACAUUGUUCUAUGAUGUGAUUAAAGACUUUCCAGAGCUAACAUUUGGGGUGAUAUCAAUUCGCAAUACCCUGGGGCAUUUCCACGUCACGCUGGACAGUGUUCUGGUGUUCAAAAAGGGGAAAAUUGUGAACCGCCAAGAGCUCAUUAAUGACAGCAACAACAAAAACAUCCUCCAUCAAGUCAUCAAACAGCAACUCACCGAUUUGGUGAUUGAAUACAACUCUGAGAAUAAGGAUCUGAUCUAUGAGUUGCACAUCCUAAAUCACAUGCUGCUCUUCGCCUCCAAAACCUCAGAGUCAUUUGGAAUGAUCAUGCAGCAUUAUAAGCUGGCAUCAAAGGAAUUUCAAAACAAGAUCCUCUUCAUCCUCAUCGAUGCAGAUGAACCCAGAAAUGGGCGUGUCUUUGAAUACUUCCGGGUCACAGAGGUUAACAUCCCUUCUGUCCAAAUCCUAAACUUAAGCUCUGAUGGGAGGUACAAAAUGCCUUCUGAUGAGAUAACUUAUGAAAACCUCAAGAAAUUCAGCAAUAAUUACCUGAACAGAAGAGCCAAGAAACAUCGGUCCAGCGAAGAGAUUCCAAAACAUUGGGACCAGAGUCCAGUUAAGCAGCUUGUGGGGAAGAACUUCAACCUAGUCGUCUUUGAUAAGGACAGGGACGUAUUUGUGAUGUUCUAUGCACCCUGGUCUAAGAAGUGCAGGGCACUGUUCCCCCUCUGGGAGGAGAUGGGCACAAAGUAUCAAAACCACUCCACAGUCACCAUCGCCAAGAUCGACAUCACAGCCAACGACAUUCAGUUGAUGUACCUGGACCGAUACCCCUUCUUCCAGCUUUUCCCUACUGACUCUCAACAAGCUGUACCAUACAAGGGAGAACACACCCUGAAAGGCUUUUCUGACUUUCUGGAAAGUCAAGUCAAGACCAGGAUUGAGGAGGAAGAUGAGCUAUUGUCUAUCGAAGGGAUAGAAGAGGAAGUACUGGUAGAGGAAGAGGAAGAGGAGGUAUCUUUCAUGAAGAAGCAGCUACCUGAAAAGAAGUUGCCUGAGCCGGAGAAGGUAACGAAGCUGGUGGAGACAGCUGGGCAUCAGGAAGCAGCUGCCGAGGAGAAGGAGGCGGAGGCGGAGAACCCAAAGGGGCCUCCAAGAGCGGAGAAGAAACCAGAAAUAAAGGAAGAAUUGUAG